CCGACAAAACGAGAAGUAAGAACUUCAGCAAUAAACUCUCAGGUCCCAGUAUCGAUGCCUAAUGGAUAAUGGAAGUUUUUAAAAAGUAACAUUUUUUUCUACCGAGUAGCCGCUGUACCUAUAAAGAAGUGUGUGGGUUUUCUCUACUGGGCUUCAAAAGACAACCGUCCCAACAGCGAAGUUUCCCUUCAAAGCGGGGUUGGGAUGGAGAGGCAGAAGUUGAUGGAAAUCUCCGAGGCCCUGGCUUCCUCUGAAGUGGCCGCACUCUGCUUCUUGUGCCGUGAUGUUCUUAACUGCCAACAUCUCGAAGGAGUCAAAGACGCAAAGGUUCUGUUCAAUAGAUUGGAAGAAAGAGAUUGCCUGAACCCUGAAUUUCUUCAUCAGUUACUGCGCACAAUCGGACGGAAAGAUCUCCUCAGCCUCUUAAAGGGGAGCAGACAGAAUGUGGAGGAAACUGAUGCCAAUCCUGUCGGCAAGCUGUCAAAUUACAGGGUGAUGCUGUAUCAGAUAUAUGAUGAAACGACGAAAAAAGAUCUCCAAAAGAUGAAGUUUCUCUUAAACAACACGCUUGGUAGGAGAAAAAUGGAUGAAUGCAAUACGGCGCUGGACGUCUUUGUUGAAUUAGAAAAAGUGGGUUUACUGUCUCAAUCAGAUCUACAAGAGCUGCGUUCAAUACUGAUGGAAGUGAAUCUACAGCUGGCGUCCACUGUCGAGCAAUUCACGCAAGGUGCAUCUCUGGAGGGAGCCAGUCCACCUCCUGCUCUCCCCCUCAAUGGUUUCCAGCAUGUCAACAACUCCCCUCUUGAGUCCAUAUCUGAGACUGGAGACAGCAGUGGCCAUUUUCCCUCCGGUGCAGAAACAAACCCCGAGCCUUCUUCGCUUUCUGAUCAGACUGAGUACUACGCAAUGAAUCGCAUCCCUCACGGUCUGUGCAUAAUCAUCAACAACGAGGAAUUUUCGGGAAACGAGCUGAAAAAAAGGGGUGGAACUCAAGCGGAUGAGAGGGCUCUUGACUCACUGUUCUCCAAAUUUGGCUUCCAAGUGAUUGUCCAUAACAACUUGACAGCAGAAGAAAUAAGAAUGGAGCUAAAUACCAUUGCUACGAGAAACUUUUCUGAGGAUGAUGCUCUGGUUGUGUGUUUGCUCUCCCAUGGGGACAAUGGCUGUGUCUAUGGGACCGACGGGAAAGUAGUUUCUUUACGAGAACUGACGCAGCCCUUUACAAGUGGAUUUGCCCCCACCUUGGCAGGAAAACCUAAACUGUACUUCAUCCAAGCGUGUCAGGGAAAAGCCCUUCAGACUGGAUCCUUGCCAUGGUCCUCAAAGCCAAGAGGGGUUGCUGAGGACACACUGAGUCAACUGGAAACGGAUGCGGGCCCCAUCCAGGAAGAGACGGUGGCCUCGGAGGCCGACUUCCUGCUCGGCAUGGCCACUGUGCCGGAUUGCAAGUCCUUUCGUAAUACUACCACGGGUUCCAUCUACAUCCAGGAGCUGUGCAAGCAACUCAGACGAUCUGCUAUGAGCCCACAGGGGAAAGAUAUUCUCACUGUCUUGACACGAGUCAAUAGGGAGGUCAGCAGAGGAGUGUUUAAAAACGGCAAGCAAAUGCCUCAGCCCAAAUACACCCUCACUAAGACAUUGAUUCUAAGGUUUGUUGAUGAGGACCAAGUGAAACUCUCCUAAAGUGCCAUAUUGCCUGAUUUCCAAUAAGACUGCAUCGUAUUAUCACUGUGCCUAUGAAAAUUAUGCACUGAUGCUGAUGUUUACAAAAACCUGAAAACAACUAUUGUGAUUUUGUCUUUUUUUUUAAUUCCUAAUCGUGGAUGAAUUUGAAAGUAUUCUUUUUUUUUCAUUUGUCACUCAAUAUGAAAUAUGUUGUUUGGAGAAUU